GUGAAUCUAAACAGCAAUAAAUACAAAGGGCCGCAGUCCAUCUUUAAUACGAACUAUUUCAUCGAAAGCAAGAAAAUCACCAAAAUGCCUUGCCAGAAAUGCGGUUUUACCAAAGCUGCUGAGCAAACUCCAGCAGAUGAAACGAGCAACCUGACUCUAUCGGAAAGAAGGGAGGCGGGGUGUACUUGCGCAAAAGGUACCCUGAAGUCGCGCUGCUCUUCUACUUCAAGUUGCUGUUCUGGGUCGAGAUCCAACCGCGGAUGCUCUUGCUGCUAUAGAAGCUGCUGUGCUUGCUGCAGGUGCUGUUCAAGGUCUUCGGGAGAUUUUUAUCAAAGGAAAAUCGAUGAAGCUACAGCUGAAGGCUGUGUUGGUAGUGCUAGCAAGAAACAAGAAACAGUGAAACCAGCUGUGUGCGGUUGCCAACAUUAAGUUCCUUUUGAAAUGUUUUCUAAUUAUUUCAAAGAUUAUUUUUAACCUACUAGGAGAGGUUGUAAUAAAAUUGUAAUGUUUAUCAUAAUAAUUUAAUAAAGGGACUAAUGAAAAAAUAAUGAAAAAAAUGCUUUUUAUAACUUUCAAUGUAAAUUCAGUGAAGUCUAAGAAAACAAAUUCUAAUAAUAUCAAAAGUAUAAAGUACUAUAUCCAGGAAAUAUAGCAACAUUUUGAAAAUAAUAUAUAAAGAAUAAUAUUGCAAAAUAAUUUUAGUCAAUUGCUUCAGUUUUGUAUAUAGGACUGUACAUGCAGAGGUAACUGCAUUAGUAUAAAGUUAGGAAUACAUUUUUCAAAUCUUCAGCCACUUAGUGGAAUAAUUAUAAAAAUUUGUCCAAUUUUAUAGAGUAAAAAUGUAAUUUCUCAUUCAACCAUCGAUAUCUCUGUAACCAAGAGUCAGACGGAGACCUUUCAAAAAGUAAAUUAAAACUGAAUAAACAAGUUAACUGACCUCGUUAUUGAUUUAGUUCGAAAACAUCCCUGGACAGCACUAAAAAAAAAAUCGGAUUUUUUUUUCUCGAAGUAUUACUUUUGAUCGCCCGAUUGAAAGUAGAGAACCUUCAAAACGUCCUUAUCUCCACACGACCAUUUUUCUCUGAGAUACAGUAUUUCAAAGACAACUAAAAAAUUUGUCAACUUUUUUGUUCUCCUAAUUUUUCCUAAUGGUGUAUAUAUUAAUAAUUAUUACUUACUGGCUUGUCUAUGAAGUUA